AUGGAAACGCCAGGUCUGAUAUCCCAUGAGAUUAAAACGGAAGCCCCUGAACAGGCCGUUUUCGAGAAGGACAGUGGCCCUUACUGCUGCUCUUUGUGCCAGAGGCUGUUUAGAUGCGUGACACAUCUUCAAGCGCACAAAGAGAACCACGUUCGGCAAGAGCUUGGCCACGCGUGGCCUGCACUUGCGGAAAGAGGACUGCGGCGCAGUCCCCAAACCCAAAAGAACCGCAGCGACCCAUCUAACCUGAAGCUGCAUCUCCGGAGUCACGAGGAAGAUGCCCCCGUGAAAAGGAAGAAAUCACGCUGCGGAGAGUGCGGAAAGAGUUUUUAUGAUCUUCAGAAACACCGGGCAGUACAUUACACAGAGAAGCCGUUCUGCUGCUCCGUGUGCAGUAAGGCUUUCUGCCACUCGCUGUCACUGACACUGCAUCAGCGGAUUCACACGGGAGAGAGACCGUACAAAUGCACUCAGUGCGACAAGUGUUUCACUAGUGGAGCGGGCCUCAAAGAUCACCAGAGGACUCACACAGGAGAGAAGCCGUUCAUGUGUACCCUGUGCGGGAAAAGCUUCAGUCUGCAGGGGAACCUGAAGGAACACGAGAGAAUCCACUCCGGAGAGCGGCCUUUCCCAUGUGGCGAAUGCGAGAAGACUUUUAAAACCGCCAGAUACCUGCGGAUCCACCAGCGCACUCACACGGGAGAGAAGCCGUACCGGUGCACUCACUGCGGGAGAGACUUCAGUCACCUGAAUGCCCUGAAGAUGCACGAGAAGCUCCAUACUGGGGAGAAACCAUACACCUGCCUGGAGUGUGGCAGGAGUUUCUGUCAUGCCAUCUACCUGAAGAGACACCAGCAGGUACACACGGACUUCCGGCCGGUCUGCUGCGCCGAAUGCGGACAGAGCUUCAAGGACUCUGCCCUUCUGAAGAGGCACCAGAGAAUUCACACUGGUGGUUGA